AGGCUGCCACCUCACCCCCUUGCACCACUACCGCCAAGCCUGCCACCUGUCCCCCUUGCAACACUACCGCUACCGCCAAGGCUGCCACCUCACCCCCUUGCACCACUACCGCCAAGGUUGCCACCUGUCCUACUCCUGCUCCCUGCCCCACUUGUCCUGCUGGUCCUCCUCCGACCAAUGGGGAGCUCGAGAUGUGCGCAAUCUUCACCAAGGAGAAGGCGUGUUCCUCCCGCAACGUGACAUGCUCGUGCCUGCUCGCCAUGCUUGCCAACCCGAAGGGUGGAUUCCACGCUCCGCUCGACGGUCUCAGCGUGGCCCGGAGCAUUGUCAUCAGAGGACGAGCCAAUCCCCAGGCAAGGAGGCUGGUGGUCAAUCUGGACGUGCGUGACGCCAGCGGAAAGAACGUUAUCACGGCGCUGCAACUGAAUAUGGACUUGGAGAACCAAACCUUCACCCUCAACUCCAGAGUGGGCCACAAGUGGGGUCACAAGCAGAGCAGGGACCUUCCCCAAGGACGCCCCUUCAAAGCCGGUCUCCCCUUCAAGAUUGUCAUCAAGUGCGGGAGUGGCACUUUCCACCUGGACUUCAACGACGAGCUCCAGGUGGACUUCACAGGUCCUAGACUUGAUAUCAAGCGCAUCAACUUGCUGGAGGUGUGGCAAGUGAUGCUCAGCGGCGUCCAACUGAUGUGAUGACGCGGCCGUGUGACGACGCUUCCUGUCAGGGCGUCGGCAUGCCGACAGCAAUCAGCUCUGUCCUAAUGUAUCAGUAUCUCUUAGGGCUUGGUUGCCACCAAUUGUUUUUUCUUUUUAGACUAGUUGUGUAAGAUAAUCUCACGGUACAAUAUAUUCACAGCAUUGAGGCGCUUGCAUGGAAAAUUGAGUGCCGGUCGUAAGAAGAUACUUUAAUUGAAAACUAAGUUCUUUUCUGAAGCGUAUAUAUGUCACUUUUUUCAACUGAUGUACGCGUGUUUGAACUAAAAUAAAAGCGUUAAAUCUUUCUAA